AUCAAUGAAUCAUGGAAUGAAUGUAUUCUCAAAUAUUUACAAGUGUUAGCUUCUCUAUACUAGACUAUUUUUUGGAGUUAAUACAAAUUGAAGGUACUAACGUUUGCCAAAAGUUGCAAAGAGAGUACUAACGUUUCAAAAGUUGCAAAGAAGGUAUUGAACCCAUUAUUUAAGGUUAACAAUCCGGUUGCAAUUGCUUAUAACCGGUUACUUCCUAUUUCCCUUUAAAAAAAAUAAAAAAAAAGCUUAAUUGUCCACUCAGCUGUACUUUGGGAAGUGAAAAGCCAUCAUUACACUGACAAUGGCGCGAUUUUUGGAAGGUGAAAAGCCUUUUUAUUCACUCUUUCACCCCAUUGGCUUCCUCAUUACUUCCAUUUUCAGAUAAAAACCAGAGCAUUUCAUUCCAAAAAAAAAAAAACUCGUACUUCCUCUUCAAGAAAAUCGCCAUCAAUGUGGGAGUGUGAUUGUCCAUCUUCCUGCAAGAAAGCAAAGUUGGCUGAGCUUCAAUCUACUCAAGGUAUGGACGCUCUUUCCGUUGCUCACCCAAUUUUCAGCAACCCCGAUUUGCUUGUGGUCCAUGUCUUCUCCAAGCUGGACUGGGGUAGUCGGGAUAAUGUGAAGAAGGUCUGCAGGAAAUGGCGUCUGUGGUGGAAGACCCGCCACCUAGCCCGACUCCAACCCUUUUUCGGUCCCAGGGCCUCUGUCGACGAGUGGAUCCUCAACGACCUCAUCUACAAUGAUGGUCGUGACUUUCAUGCCUGGAUCAACAAUGACAUGACAGUCUAUUUUGAUGGCUUCCCUCUGCUCUUCAAGGAGGAUGUGUAGGUUGUUGUUGUUAGGUUGGGUGGGGGGUAUGUGCAACUAGAUGGUUUUUGGGGUUAGGAGCUGCUAGAUUUAAGCUUGUUCUUAUUUUUAUUUUAUUUUUAAGUUUUAAGAUGUGAAUUGUAGGAGUGCAUUGUCAUGGUUAAGUAGGUUUUUGUUGUUAAUGUGACAAAUCAUUUAUAAUCUUUUGGGAUUUGUCACUACCAUGACAAUGCUUAGGUUGAAAUGGAUGGCUUGGCUUAUAUAGCCAUUUUGUAAUGGAACAAAUGUACAUGUAUGAAUGAAGCCACUUCUCUUUGUUGUGUUGUUAUUAUUAUGCACUUAUUUUAUCAUGAAUCAAAUGUUAUGAUUUGCUUAUUAAGAGAGUGCUUAUUGUGGCAGAAAAUAUGGAUGAAUUAAGACCAUGUUUAGUUGUACAUGAAUUAAGGAGAAGACAUGAAUUAAGACCACUUUGUAUUUCCUGUAAUUUUUGUGAUUUCUUCUUCUGAUUUUUUUUUUUCAAUAGAUGCAAUGUGGAGAAGAUGGCUAUGGAGAUGAGUAUAUAUGGAAGUCGGUUUUUUUGGAGUUGUACCAGCUAUAAUUUAACUGAUAGAUUUCUUGAACAAUGGCAAACUUUAGUCCCCUCUUUAAUAAUGUCAAAAUUUUAAUUUUUCUUUUUUUUUUUUGUUUGGUUAACCUGUUGUAGAAGGUCAAUUAUGUGGUGAGUACUCUAUCUGCAACGUUUGAAACGUUAGUACCUUAUCUACAACUUUUGGCAAACGUUAGUACCUUCAAUUUGUAUUAACUCCUAUUUUUUGUAUGGUAAGAGUUUAUUCAUGAGCUGUUACCUAAACAAUGGAUUAAUUUUUCAAGUUAAAAAUAAAAAAUUAUUGUAUUUUUAUGUCUAAGAAGGAUUUAUCACUAACUUCUUUGAAAGUGUAGUAAAUAAUUGUUUAAUUAUGGCAUUAAUUGUUUUAAAACAAAUCUUGUAAUGGUU